AUGGUUCGCUUCACCGCUCUUUCCUCGCUCCAGCAGCGCGUGAACCGCGUGCUUGUCGUUGGGUCCAUCGAGACGCUACAGUCUCAGGGCUCCACCGACAGUUUCUUGCAGCAGACGCUCGUCUCCGCCUCGUCCAGCGCCGUCCAAUUCAAUUCCGGGGCGAAUCCGCUUCUGCUACAACAUGCAUUGGACACGCUCAGCCCCAGCGCAGACAGCGGCGCUACCUCUGAGGUCCUCUUGGCUCGUGAUACGGGAGCCGACGCUCUCCACGUGACGCUACACGCUCUACCGACGCAAGUCUCGCGUUCCAACAGCUUGGCACGUCCUCACUCCAUCGCGAGCUUCGUUAAGAGCCACAACAAGCUGGUGACCAAGAGAGGCCAAGACCUCAGCAAGGACGAGUCGGUCCUCGUAGUUCUCAUGCUACCAGGCCACACUGACACGUGGUUCGCUGCUGGGGCCGCAGUGGCGCGUGGCGUGCCACUUUACGAGCACAAGCUCAAGCGUAGCAAUGCUCUGCCCAAUUCCGAGUCCCACACGGAAGCAGACAAGCUCGAAGUGGUGUACCAAACCCCAUUGACUAGUGACGAAUCGCUGCUGGUUCAACACACCGCAAACGCGAUUCAAUUGGCCACGAGGCUGGUGGACGCUCCCCCCAAUGAGCUGCACUCGGAUGCGUUCAUCGCAGAGGCGCGCGCUGUCGCAGAGCGCACCAACUCGAAGAUUUCGGUCAUCCAGGGCGAAGAACUACGCGAAAAAGGCUUCGGAGGCAUCUACGGAGUCGGCAAAGCAGCCACUCACAAACCAGCGCUCGUGUGUUUGAGUCACGUGCCUGAGGGAGCUGCAACGGACGCCAAGGGCGUUGCUAUGGUGGGUAAGGGCAUCAUCUUCGACACGGGAGGUCUGUCCAUUAAGACGGGCGGUAUCAUGGUCGGUAUGAAGCGCGAUAUGGGCGGCGCAGCGUCGCUAUUGGCUGCAUUCGAAGCUGCGUGUCUUGCCAAAAACACGACGGACACGACGCCACUUCAUGUGGUUUUAUGUAUCGCCGAGAACUCGGUGGGUCCAGAUUCCACACGUGUCGACGAUGUGCUCGUCAUGUACUCGGGAAAAACUGUGGAAGUUAAUAACACAGACGCCGAGGGGCGCCUCGUACUGGGUGACGGUGUCGCAUACGCUGUGAAACAUUUGAACCCGAAGGUAGUCGUGGACAUGGCUACACUAACGGGAGCGCAGGGCAUCUCAACGGGUAACCGUAUUGGCGCCGUCUAUACGAACGACGAAGAUCUUGAGGCUAUGGCAGUCAAAGCUGGCAAGAUCUCUGGCGACCUGGUGCACCCGAUGCCGUACGCGCCAGAGUUCCAUCGUCUCGAGUUCAAGAGUAGCAUUGCUGACAUGAAGAACUCGGUGAAGAACCGAGCCAACGCUCAAGUGUCGUGUGCGGGGCAGUUCAUCGCCAAUCACUUGGGCGACUUUGAGCACACAGGCAAGUGGCUUCAUGUGGACAUGGCGUACCCAGUAUUCACGGGCGACGACGAGCGCUCGACCGGGUUCGGUGUUGCCUUUAUUCAGUCGCUGCUGAAGGAGAUUAACGGUGCUGGCUGGUAA